AUCAGAUAUAUUAUAUUGUAUUAAAGUAAAUUAAAUUUGGUAUACAAAUGAAAUAAAAUCUAAUACAAAUAUCGCCUAGUUGUUGAAAUAGGUCAUUUCGUUAGCGAAAUGUUUCCAUUAUUGUUUAAUUAUGAUUAUAUUAAAUUUAAAUAAAAACAAAAAAAAAAGGACUUAUUUUUUAUGUAAAAAUGAUCAAAAUUUUAAAUUUAAAUUUUUAUGUUAUUUAUUAUUUUAUCUUUUAUUAUAGUUAUAACAUUUCUUGCUUAGUUAUUAAUGUAAAAAAUCAGGUAAUUAUCUUAUAUUUAAUUAUAAGUUUUAAAUUGAUAUUUUAGUAAACAUCUAAAAUCAGUGAAAAUACUUAAAACUAGAACUUACCAUUAAAAACUUAUUUUUAUCAAAGGCAUAAGCAAAACCAUAAGUGGUGUCCAAAUUUUGAGACUAUGUAGAAUCUUAAUCUUCAUUAAUCUACAUAUAAUGGAUAGACAGCAUAGGUCCAUGUCCAGAGCACCAUUUUUCAGGGGUGGCAUUUAAAAUUAUCAACGUAGUAUUUACAUGUAUAAGGAGCGGCAAAACUUAAGUUUGCUCAGGUACAUUUAAAUGCUCGGGUUGGGCCUGCUUGUAGGGGCCAUUUGACAGUUUGAUUGUUGGCUUAUUUAUUUUUUGUAUAGUAAUAAUAUAUAACAUCUUCAUUAGCAUAUUUUCAGCUAGAAAACUAAAAGGAAAAUCAAAAAUUGAUCUCAAUGUACAAACUAAAUUACAAAUGCUUCUAGUAAGUUUCAAUAUAGUUUUUAAUUGUAGUAUGAUUUAUGAUAGAAAAAUUCUUUGCAGACACAUAAAUUAAAAACUUAGUGUUUUUGUUGCAUAGACAACAUUAUACAAUUCAUCCUACUAUUACUUAAUAUAAUUAUUCAUUAAAAUGUUUGAAAAAUGUUAACUGCUAGAAAUUUGAAAUACCUACCUUACUCCAAUUUCUUAAUUCGUUCUCAAUAUUUUCAAUUAAGAUAACUUUUUCACAUAUUGUUGAAAUGCACAUUAAAAUUUAAAAAAACAUUGUUCUCUAAACUUAAAGUAUUUUGAAUACAAUUUUCACCAUAUUUUUAUUUAAAAUAUUAAAAUUUAUGAAAAAUUGUACUUAUUACUACUGCUUUCAUAUGACUUUAUUAACUCAACAAAAGCCAAAUUAAGUGCAAUAUAUUAUAUUCAGUUAUAAGAUUGUUACCCAUAGGUAGACAAUAAAAUAAACAAAAAGUUUAAUCUGUUGUUAAGACAGACAAAUAAAUAAGUACAUUUAUAUAAAUAGAUGUAUUAUUACUAUCAUACAACUCAACUAUUGAGUAAUUUAUUAUUUAUUAGUCAUAUUUGUAAUUCCUUUAUACUUUGUGACCAUUUCGAUUCUGCUGCUUGUAAGUUUUCUAGUCUGUCUUCAAAGUGAAUUGUGUGUGGGGCACUCUUUGAUAAUGUAUCUUAUAUUAUGUACGUACCCACACUAACAGUUUUGAGUUUAACUUAGGCUUGAUUUAUAUAGUAUGCAUUGGUCUUUCUCUAUUUUAAUUUAAUUUAAGGUAGUCUACCGAGAUCUGGGAAGAUCCAAACCUAGGACUGUGCGGUGUGAGUUGAUUACUAAUUCAGCAUUCUUUAUACUCAAGGUUUUUCAUCAGCAUACAGCUAAAUACACACUAAACAGGCUGGAUGUCUUGACUUCAAUCUUCAAGUUGGGGGAAGGGGGUUCAUGGUAUUAAUGAUAAAUUUCCCAUUUAAAAUACAUUUAUUCUAAAUUUUGUAUUUACAAAGCAUAUAAAGUUGACGAAAAAUAAUUGUCUUGUAUCAAAGUUAAGGUACCUAUAUUGGGCAUUGCAUCUCACUUACUGAAAAUUAUUAAUUUUUUUUUACUUUUCUAAAAUUUCGUUAAUAUAUAUCCGGAAAAUCUAUUAUUUUUCGUGUGUUAAAUUUUUGAAAAUUGUAUGAACAUCAAAUAUGGAUCAUUCUGUAUAAACUAAUAAUGUGAGUCAACAUUUUUUAUUAAAAUUCUUAAAGAUUUAAGUUAUUAAAAAUAAGAAAAAAAGAUUUGUAGUGGCAUUCAACUAAUGAAAAUGUAUAGAUUAUAAACUAAAUUUCAUUUUCUUUAGCAUUCUUUGUUUUUUUAUAUUGAUUGAGCAUUAUAAAUAAAUUAUUAAAUAUUCAUACUUUUCAAAAUUUUCUUUUAAGUUUUAUCAUGAGUCUACCCAAAAUAGUGCAUGUUUAUUGAAGUUAUAUACAGAUAAUUGGAUACCGUUGGAUACAGUUUUUAUACAUACUUUUUAAUUUAAAUACUUAUUAUUUGAUACAUUUCGACCCUUAUUUAAUACUUAUAAGAUUUUUAAUGAUCACCCUAAAAAUCAUAAAUUUUUUUGAUUCAUUGACAAAAUUUUAGAAAAGUUAAAAAAAAUUAAUAAUUGUCAGAAAGAAAGUGAUAUGGAAUGUCUGAUAUACUUUAAAUUUUUUUUUUUCCCUUAAAGUCUCUUAACUUUGAUUAUUUCCAUACAAGGCAAAUUUUUCAUGUCAACUCUAUAUGUCUUAUGUAAACUCAAUUCAGAAUAAACGAAAAACAUAUGAAUUUUAAAUGAGAAAUUUUACCUCAUUACAAGAGGACUUAAAAAUUGUCCUAGGAAUCUCAAAUAGGGUUCAAUAUUUUUAUUUUUUUAGAAUAAAGUUUGGUGCCAAAUAUUUUGCCAAAACCCAAAUAAGAACCACACUAUUGUAUGCACAUUUAUUAAAUUAAGCUCAGAUUAUAUUUAGGAAUGAAAGGGGAGGGGUGAUCACUUCUAUCAUCUCUCCUCUGGAUCCACCACUGUACCUAUAUUAAAUAAGAAAUCAAAUGGAAAUUUAUAAUCAAGAUGGUCGAAACCAAAUAGUUUUGAAAAAUAGAUGUAUAUUUAUAUAUUUUAUAAUAGCUAAUAAUAGUUCAAUAUAAUAUUUAGUUGAUUUUUACUUAUUAAUUAAAUUUAGAAUAUCAGUGUCGCCAAAUUGAACUUAAAUUACUGCAACAGGACUUAAAAUAAAAUAUUUAAAACAUCAGUCUGUUCAGACUACGGCAAUAAACAUUAUUUAAAAAUAUAAAUAAAUAUUUGAUUAUUUAAAUCUAUCUGUAAUAGGUUUCAUAUUGGUGGUAAAAUAACAUAUUAAUAACUUCAUCAUAAAUUCAUUGAUAUUACCUCAAAGUAUACAUUAAAUAGUAUUCUAUUUUUCUUAAAUAUAUUAAUAUUAAAUAUAUUAUUUUAGAAUGGUGGAAUUGUAAAAGAAACAAUAAGUGCAAAUAUAACAGAUGAUACAAUUACACUAGAAUUACAGCUGCUUGAUUCUACAUUAAUUACACAACAUAUUGAUUUCACAAAGGUAUAAGUUUAUACUAAUAUAUUUGACUUAUAAAUGUAUGAUGUAUUAUUAAAAUCAAAUAGGAAGUUCAAAUAGUGCAAGUAUUAUUGCUUGGAGAAGAAGAGCGUGGCCAAAAGCCUUAUCAAAUCCUAUGUUUUGUUAAUCAUAUACAUGCAAAUGAAUUUAUUUCACCAGAUGCAAUGGCAAAGCUUAGACAAGUAAUCAUAUUACUAUAAAUUUAGUACCUAAAUAAUGUUUGUAAUAUAAAAAUUAGCUAGUGUAAAUUGAUGUCCUUAAGUUCAUAAAUCAAACUCAGUAGAAUACAGCUAUUAAUUUAUUUAUGAUUUUAAUCAUUUAAAUGUAUACUGAAUAAAAUUCUAGAAACAAUUGUAUCUAUAAAAUUUAAAUUUUAUUUUGAUCAUAUAAUAUUAAUUAAUUAUGAUCUAGAUAUUUUAAAAAUUGUGUGUUUUUUUUUGAACAUACACUAUUUCUUAAAUAUAGAUUGAAUGUAUAUUCUACUAAUAUCAAAUACAUUAUUUCAGAAAAAUCCUGGUACAGUUCGAGUUGCUGAAGAUAACAAAGGUGUUUUUAAUGUUACAAUAGACAUGAAGAUUAAAUUAAAAGACAGCAUUCAUAUUUCACAGCACGUUGGUUCAUUAUGUUCUGAAGCCCCAGACACAACAUUUACUAGUAAAGUUGAUAUUGAUAAAUGGGCAGCAGUACCCGGUAAUGAUAACUAAUCAUUUUAAAUUUAUUAUUUCCAACAUAGACAUUAUAUAUAUAUAUAUAUAUAUAUAUAUAUAUAUAUAAAUGGAGUAUCAGUACAGUUCCAGUGUUCUUGUUAGUAUGUACUAAUAGCAGAUCACAAAGUACUCUGUAUUUUUGCACAAGUUUUAGCUACGUUCAAUGCACCUAUAUUCUACUGUCAGUGUCAUAAAAUUGCUCUAUCCACCUAAAUCCCGCCUGAAUGCUCCAUCUAAGAGUAUACAAUAUAUGAUUAUUUAUAAUUUUAACCAAAAAAUAAUAUAAUAAUAUAUAUAUAUUACAUAAAUUAAUAACUAAUCUAUUCUUUUUAUUUUUUAUUUGAAAUACAGUACCAUAUUUUUAUAAUGUGUACAUCUAUCAAGAAUAAUAACAGUUAAAGUCUAGGUUAUUCCAUGCAAUUUAAUAUAUGAUAACAUUUUAACACAUUCAACACAUUAUAGAUACAUACACUUUUGGUUUUCUUUAAUUGUAUCAAUAAAAUAAUUUGGGUAAUAUUUGUAACCACUAAUGGUUUAAUAUAACAAAAAAUAAUUGAUAUUUACUAUUUUAUAAUUACAUUUUUAAAUAAUUUACAUGAUUUCUUUCUGUGGGAGGGGAUCAGAAUACUUUAACAGUACUUCUGUCAUAAGAGGCGAUAAAUAAGGUUGCAUCAGGUUCAUAGUCAAUGUAAAAUUUUGUCAAACUAUAUGAGAAGUUCUAAACAAGACUAUGAUGGAUUAUCCUAUCUCAAAUGCACACAGGGACAACAAGUAAGAGGAGAUACCAUAGUGCAUGAUGUUUGCAGAUGAUAUAGCUUUGAUAGAAGUAAGUUUGAAACAAGAUCAAUGAAAAAUAGACUUGAGAAAUAAAAAGUAAUACUUGAAAGAAAGGGACUAUGGAUAAGUAGAAGUAAAACAGAGUUAGUAACAAGAGGAACAGUACAAAAUAGCUUACAACAAUAAGCAGUGACAUAAUAGGGGAGAUUGAAAGUUUUUAGUAUGAGGAUGUGAAAUAUUGUAGUAUGUGAUUGGAUAAAGUGGAGAGAAGCGUCAGGUAUUAUAAUUUGUGACAAGAGAAUUUCAAUGAGACUUAAGUUAAGUUCUACAAAAAUUUGGUGAGACUGACUAUAUUGUAUGGGUCAAAGUAUUUAGUGGUAGACAGAAAAAUAGAACAAUGAAUGGAGUGUUGUAGAAUGAGAAUUCUUAGGUAGAUGAAUGGGAUGAUGAGGAAAGUUAGGAUAACGAAUCAAUACAUUGGAGGUAGCUUUUAGGCGUGGCUUUGAUAGCAGGCAAAAUGAAAAAAAAUAAACUAAGCUAAUUUGGGCAUAUCAUGAAGAGAGAGAAAUCUGAAGCAUUAGGAAUUGUAAUGAAAAUAAACAUAGCAGGAAAGAAGGAUGGAGGAUUGAAAAGUAGGUGGUUAUAUGUGAUUGAGAUUGAUAGACGUCAGCUGGAGUAUAUAUAAAUUAAGUGAACAUGUUUAAUGAAUCAUUCUGUAUAAAUAUAAAUUACAGGUAUUUGCUAUACUUAAUGUCUUUAUACAUAUGUCUUAAUAAAAAAGUUUAAUAGUUUUUGACCUAUACUGUUAAGUGUUAACCUCCAUAUAGCAAUAUUUAUGUCAAUCUUUAGUUUAUAUUCAAUAAUUAUUAUUUAUUUUAUUAUACUUUCUUUUGGGCCGAAUUCAAAUAGUUAGGACGAAUGUGAGAGAAAAGAAGAAUUACAUUUUCUUAAAUUUUAGUAAUAGAAUAAAAGUUAAGGUUUUGACUAUAAAAUUAAUCUCAGCUAUUAAUGUGUACAUUUUAUUUAUUUCAGGCAUGUAUUUGGGUAAUUUAUUACAAACUGUUGAAUAUAUCAAUUAUAAAAUACCCAAGUCUAAUUUGAAAUUAUGUCGAGAUACUGGAAAAGUUUGGUCUCACUGUUUAUGUACUAUGGAAGUAAGCAUUCCGUGGUAUCCUUGUGCCUUAAAAUUCUGCAAAGAUCAUAUUGGUAAAAAAUCAACAGCAGUUGAGAGUUACCGAUGUGGUAUACAAACAUGUACUAAAACUAUGAAUUUUAUGUAUAGUGUAAAACAUAAACAACAUUGUUUAUCAAUUGAAUAA